CCUGAUUAACCCUGUGCGUGGCGUGGUUAAGCAUCUCCUGCCAGGCGGGGUCGAGCGUGACGCCGGCGCCGCCUUCUGCCAGUCGCGCCAGUCCCUGCUCCGCCAGGUACACCAUCUCCCGCGCCGCCGCGUGAGCACUGUUCGCCUUGUCAUACGCGACUGUUGCUGUUUGCAACUCUUGAUACUUACAAUAUUAGCUCUGAAUCUAGCUUCAUAAUAAGGCCUGGCUUUGUGUACACUGGUACCAAGCUUCUUGGUAAGCUGUUGUAUCCGCAGGUGUCCCUCUGCAAGCAGUCUACGGAAUGCCAGCCGAGCCUCGUCCAGCUCAACUUCAAGCCUGUUGAUCUCAUCUGUAGCAGUAUUUAGACGCUCUAGUUCAAUCUGAACGCGAGGAUCCAAAGCUUCCGAGCAUUCGGCGGCGCUAUCGUUCAUUGUUUCCUCAACACAAUAACAUUUUAAUAAAAUUUAAAGUUAUUAAAACCUUUCUUCUUGUUGUUAUAGUUGUUCUUUUGUGAAAUAAACAUUAUCAUCGCUGAAAACAAAAAGAAAAGAAAUAUCAAAUAACUUUGGUUCUCAAUUCAAUACCGCCCGCUGCCAAAACACAGAUUAUUAAUUGAAACGUCAUUUUAUACGUCAAUAAAAUAUUAAUAGUCGAUUAUUUUAAAAAUGUGUACACUUUGCUUUAUGUGCAUUCCAUUUAAUGUUAUUUUAUUUAAUAACAAAUUACACUUUUAAAUGUUUUGGUAAUUAACAUUAACAAACCAUUUUUUUAUUUGCAAUUUGUUAUCUGUAAUAAAUUUUUUAUUCGUUCAGUCAUUCACUCUCAUUUUUAGACAUUUCACAAAAAAUCGCAGUUUGUCAUCAACGAAGAUCGUAUUGAAAUUUUAAAAAUGGCGACUGAAGUGGAAGACACAAUCAAGCGAAUCCAAGCCCAUAAAGGUGUUAUGGGUGUCAUCAUCGUGAAUCACGAAGGUAUUCCUAUCAAAAGCUCUUUGGACAAUGCUACAUCUGUAUUAUACUCCGGACUAAUUGGUCAACUCACUGAAAAGGCCAAGAAUGUUGUGCGUGAAAUGGACACAACAAAUGAACUUACAUUUCUUCGUGUGAGGAGUAGGAGACACGAAAUCUUGAUUGCACCGGAUCGUGAAUUCAUACUCAUAGUCAUUCAAAACACUUCUGACUAGCUUCACAAUGCAAAAGACUAGCACAUAUUUAAAUUAAGGGGCCUUGAAACCAUAACACCAAUUUUGGAGCUGUAUUACAUGUUCUCAAUAAAAAGCAAGAAAAGUAAUUCUGCAUGAGAAUACGAUGGCAAAGUACUAAAAUAUCAUAAUACAGCUGCAAGAUAAAAAAUAAAAAUGAUCACACUAUUCCCAUAUUGUAUUUAGACUAUAAUAAAAAAAAUAUUUCACUGUGGUUGGCUUGGCCUCUUUGAAAAAAGAAUAUUGCACUAGCUCAAGGAGUGUCACUAAAUAAGAAUCAAUUUAAUUUUAAAAGCUUUCAUUAUUAUUUUAAGAAAUAAUUAAUUUAUUACUAACAAGAGCAUUCCUAAAGUGCCAUUUGUGCAAUUUCUCUGUUAAAUUGGCAAAAUAUGUAUGGCUAAGGGCUAUUGAAGUAUUGAAGUGACUAGACCCUGUUUUGCAUAGCAAAGUAUGAAUAAAGUUUGUGCCAAGCAACAAGAGCAAUCAGAUUUCAGAUUGGCAGUUCGAAACGUUGACAGAUUUGAAGAAUUAAAAUAAUAAUACUUACUAGUUUUUAAGUUGCAAUUAUUUUUACUAGUGAUAGGGAUAAUUUUUUUUUUACAAAAAUAGUUUUGUUUUUUAUUUCGUUUUGAGUUCGAUACUUCAUUAUUUUCUUGAAACUUUUGUGAUUUUAUUUUAUUCAUGUAUUGUAAGAACACUAAUAAAUAUUUAUACACAUAA